CUGCCGCCAUCUCUUCCUCCGCAUCUUCUUCUUCUCCAAGAUUUGGAAGGUCCUUGACUGCACAACAGCAAUCCUCUGAUUCGUUUUCUCUGAGAAUUUCCACUUCCAAUCCCAACAUCAGUUCAAUCCAACAGCUCCACCUACUGUUCUUAUCAAGAUCCCAAAUUUUAGUCGAAUUAUGCAGGAUUAGAAGAUAAGAUAGUUCCCAAUUGCUGACCAUGUCUGCGGAAUCCAUCUUAUUGGCGUUGACGUUGCAGUUAGGCCAUGGCGUCCACCGUCUCCUUCUCCCCUUCCAACGUGCAGAUGUUCCAGGGUAGGAGCUGCCACGGUCACUCAGCAUUCGGGAGCUGCUUCGCUGUUCCAAGAGCCGGGCCAAGGCUGCGUUCCACGGCCGUCAGGGUCAGCAGCGAGCAGGAGGCUGCGGCGGCCGUAAGGGCCCCGUCAGGGAGGACUAUCGAGGAGUGCGAGGCCGACGCCGUCGCUGGGAAAUUCCCUGCUCCUCCGCCCUUGGUUAGACCAAAGGCUCCUGAAGGAACACCGGAGAUCAGGCCCCUUGACAUGACAAAGCGCCCACGUCGCAACCGGAAGUCGCCUGCUCUUAGGGCUGCAUUCCAGGAGACGAGCAUCUCACCUGCCAAUUUUGUGCUCCCAUUGUUUAUCCAUGAAGGAGAAGAUGAUGCUCCUAUCGGAGCAAUGCCAGGGUGCUAUAGGCUUGGGUGGAGACAUGGGCUUCUUGAUGAGGUUUACAAGGCACGUGAUGUUGGUGUUAACAGUUUCGUGCUAUUUCCAAAAGUUCCCGAUGCAUUGAAGACUCCAACAGGUGAUGAAGCAUACAAUGAUAAUGGACUGGUUCCACGUACAAUCCGCUUGCUUAAAGACAAAUUCCCUGAUAUUGUUAUCUACACUGAUGUUGCAUUGGAUCCUUAUUCAUCUGAUGGCCAUGAUGGUAUUGUGAGGGAAGAUGGAGUAAUUAUGAAUGAUGAAACAGUUUAUCAGUUGUGCAAGCAAGCUGUUUCACAGGCUCGUGCUGGUGCUGAUGUUGUCAGCCCUAGUGACAUGAUGGAUGGCCGUGUUGGAGCACUUCGUGCUGCUCUUGAUGCUGAGGGUUUCCAUGAUGUCUCCAUUAUGUCCUACACAGCAAAGUAUUCCAGUUCAUUUUAUGGCCCAUUCAGAGAAGCUUUAGAUUCAAAUCCAAGAUUUGGAGAUAAGAAAACUUAUCAGAUGAACCCAGCCAACUACAGAGAAGCCCUCAUAGAAACUGCAGCAGAUGAGGCAGAAGGAGCUGACAUUCUUCUAGUAAAACCAGGAUUACCAUACUUGGAUAUCAUCCGACUUCUUCGGGAUAAUUCAGCGCUGCCCAUUGCUGCUUACCAGGUCUCGGGCGAGUACUCGAUGAUCAAAGCCGGCGGGGCGCUGGGCAUGAUCGACGAGCAGAAGGUGAUGAUGGAGUCGCUCAUGUGCCUUCGGCGUGCCGGCGCUGACGUCAUCCUGACCUACUUCGCCCGUCAGGCCGCGGGCGUCCUGUGCGGCAUGGGAUCCAAGUAGGUCAACCCUGGAGAAAGGCUGCGGAGUGUCACGCGACAUGAUGAGUUUUGAGUUGAGCUGAAGCUCGUCCUGUACCCCCCAACUGGUUGCUAGUAUUAGCCCGCAAAUAUCGUGCUGAGGAUGCUUUGUACUCGGAUUACCUGAGGCCUCGAACAAGUAGGGUACACACGUGAAUGAUCUGCGUCAGAAAUAGUCGUGCAAACACUGUCAAGUUCUUCUCUUUUGUUUUUUUUUUAAAAAAUCAGAGUUGCAUUUUGGCAAUACAGAAUAACAGAAUAAGGCACUGUUUAGUUCGCGAAA